GCAACACUGAUCGAUAAGUCCGCGUGCGAUUGUGAUUAUACUUUUUUUUGUCGUCCAAAAGUGCCGUAUAAAAAUGUUUUAAGUUAACCCCACAAACCUGGCCAUACCCAAGGCACUGAAGUAGCGAAAUUGGACACAAUAAUCGACAAAUAUCACUCAAAAACAUACGAAUCCUGUACAUUAAAGCCAACCAUUUUUUAACCUGUGUCGUAUUGCCGUAGUAUUAGUGAUUGGUGGUGUAUGUGUGCGCGUGUGUGUCUCCCCUCAGUCCGAAUCGCGAAAUCGAGAAUAGAAAGAUGUGUGUGCUGCUCCGGUAGUGGUAGUGUGGCGAGCUAAAAGCGUGAAAUUAACACACCACAAGAAAAUACGCGAAUCUAAAUUCAAUAAUCGAAACUAAGCCGCCGCCAGUUAACCUCCUCCUGCUUCUUUCCCCCUCCCCCACCCAGAGACAAAUAAAACAGCCAACACAAUGCAACCCUCGCCGCUGCAUUACUCGACGAUGCGGCCACAGGCUCCCGGAUCGCUGGUCGAUCCCUACGAGGACGAACUUCGCAUGGCGCCCUGGUAUUGGGGGCAAAUCACACGCGAGGAGGCAAAGAAUAUACUGCACGGAAUGCCCGAUGGCAGCUUCCUGGUGCGCGAUGCGCUCUCCAAGAAGGGGGAAUACACACUGACACUGAUGAAGGACGGAAACGAGAAGCUGAUAAAGAUCUGCCACAUCAAUGGCAUGUACGGGUUCAUUGAGAAGAAACUAUUCAAUUCGGUGGUGGACAUGGUCAACUUUUACAAGGCCAACUCCCUGAAUAUGUACAACAAGACGCUGGACAUAAUGCUGAGCCAUCCGAUUGUGCGAAACUACGAGGAGGAUGACGCCCAUCCACAUGGGGAUCUUGGACUGCUGAGCAACGAGUUUAUACGCACAUCGCAGAUGCUGCAGCAGCUGGAACAGAACCUUGAUCAGAAGAAAAACUCCUUCAAUGCCAUUCGUGAGGAGCUGCAGGAAAAGAAGCUCCAUCAGGGCGUGUUUGGGAAUGCCGAGAAGAUAUUUCGCGAUCAAAUCAAACUCAACGAAUCGGUGAUGAAGACACCCGCCGCCGCAGAGAGCAGUGCCCCUGAAAGCGGAGGAGCAUCAACACUCGGGACGGCCGCUGGUACGGCUGGGACCUCCGCUUCGGCCUGCAGCAACAAUGCCAAUACCCGACAGAGCCUCCAGGAGAACCAGGCCCAUCUCCUCGCUCUACUCGAAGUCAUGCAGGAGAAGAUGCAACAGCUGAACCACUACAUGGAGUGCAAGAAGAAGGAGGAGCUGCUGCUCGAGCGUCAGAUCAAUGCCACCAAGCCCGAGCUGCAGAUGCUGCAGUUGCGCAAGGACAAAUAUAUUGAGCGCCUGAAAGGAUUCAAUCUCACGGAUGACGAUCUAAAUGCCAUACUCGAGAUGGGUUUCGCGAACUGGCGGCAACAGUACGAGAGUGUCUUGAAUUUGCCACACAGGGACGAGACCUACUGGUUCCUGAAGGAUGCAACGCGUCGUGAUGCCGAGGAGCUGCUCCGCGGCUCACCCUCUGGAACCUUCCUCAUCCGUGCCCGCAAUGCCGGCCACUAUGCGCUGUCGAUUGUGUGCAAGGGCAAUGUUCAGCAUUGCAUCAUCUAUGAGACGGAGAGUGGCUUUGGUUUUGCGGCACCCUACAACAUCUAUCCCACGCUGAAGAAGCUCGUGGAGCACUAUGCCACAAAUUCGCUGGAGGAGCACAACGACACGCUGACCACGACGCUGCGACUGCCUGUGUACUACUGGGAGCAGAACAGGGCCCAGAUACUCGAAGAGUUGGAGAUGGAACGAGAGCAAGAGGCAGCGGCGGUGGCGGCGGGGUCUUCGGCACAGACAUCGCUGGGAAGCAGCAGCACCAGUACCAGCAGUGCGCCCAUACCGACGCCCAGGGCACGUUCUGAUCAGGAUCAGGUGGAUGGUGGGGAAACGGAGACGCCACCGGCCUCAAUUUCGCCAUCAAAUUUUAGCACAUCGCAGUAGACACGCCCCCCACACACACACACACACACAAACACACAAAGCCCUUAACCUCACAGGCUAGCUAUCGUAUCUAUUGUAUCUAUAUCUAUCUCUAUAUCUCUCUCUAACCUCUCGCGCUCCACUAUAAAGCUAUAUAUCUCUCUAUCUCCAUGUGUAUAUACGAUAUAUAUAUAUAUAUAUAUAUAUAUAUAUAUAUAUAUAUUUCGUAUAUAAAUAUUUUGUUGUCGUGUGAUGGAUGGGAUGGCGUUGCAGUACAACUGCUUCGGGGACCAUCCCCCAAAAAAACAAAGGAAGGAAAACCCAUGCUCCAGAAUAAUAACAAUGUUUUGGUGAUCAUAUUGAUGUUGUUUAAACUUUAUAUAUACAUAUACGUAUGUGUAUAUCCAUUUUUUGUAAUACUGCAUUUUGCGUGAUAAUUGAUACGUCAAGCAUCUGUUGUAACCCCUCACCUGCCCCCACUACAUGUCCCUGCUACAAACCACACCCUUUCCUGCUCCUUAAUUACAUUGUUAUCACGCUGCGCGUUGCCGUCAUCAUCGAGUGGGAGGGUUAUAUAUAUUUAUAUAGUAGGUAUAUAUGCAUGUUGGGGAGGUGACCCCCUCUAGGAGAUAUCCGAAGAAAUUCUACGAUAUUUCUUCAAACCAUUUUGUCGCGUGUUAAUGUAAAUAUAGUACUUGCUGCGGAAACAAAGAACACAGAGAGAGAGAAAUUUUUGAAAUCAGGUUACGGUUUUGAUAACCUUAUAGACCUUGACCAACAGUCCCUCCCCCGCCACCUCCUCACAGCCUGUGCCCGCUGGGCCAUGGGCCCUCUAAUAUUUGUUGUUAUAUUAUGAUUGAUUUUGAUGUAGUUUUAAGUAAAGUUUACGUAUGUUUAAAUGAUGUGAUCACUCGAUUGUUGCUAAAAUAGUAAUUUCCUUUAAACAUUAUGAAUAUAUAUAUAUAUAAAUAUAUAUUUUUUUUUUUUUUAAAUAAGAACACACAUACACAAACCCCACACAGAAAAAGAUUCAGAAACAAAGAAAAGAAUACAAAUGUAAAAAAGGCACCCAGAGGAACAACAACAAAAACAAAAAAAAAACAGUGCAAUCGGAAAAAAAAAAACCGUUGCUUGAGUACUUUUAAGUACACAGUUUUUAAAAGAUAGAUUUAUAUUUGAGUGCAAUUUCUGUUAUGUCCAAAAGAUACACAUACACACAGACACACACACACAAUUUGAGUGCAAUUUCUAUAUAAUGGCAAGUUAUAUAGCCCCCGUUGUUGUUCCCCCGUUUGUGAUGGCUGGGAAAGGGUAUACAGACUUCGGCCUGGCCCCCAAAACUUAUGUUCUCUUGUGCCACCCUUAAUGUUCGUUCGAACUCGAAUUGGAUCACCUCUUUCGUGCUUCCUGUUAUGCAUUGCAUUCUAUUUCUCCUUUCGCUUCGCAUUCGAAAUCGAAUCAAAUCGAAUCGAUCAUACAUUCUCCCCUUGGCUAAUCGAAAUCGUAAUCGAAUCGAUCACACACACACCCACACAAAACACACGAGCGUCUUUCAAAUAUUUCUCUUUAUAGUAUAUAUAGUAUAUAUUAAAAAAGUUAUUCUCUAUAUACCUUAUGCCUAUAUGUAACUCUUAAUUUACGUUUAAUUUAUUUAAUUUGUAAUUUGUGUUUCAUUAAAUUUUGCUUAAAUUCUAUGAGAUUUCGGCGGAUCGGAUCUCGUACGUUGUAGUAUUUAUAAGUUUUAAAAUUAGUUUUUUAACAAAGCAUACAAAAAUUACGUUUCAACAAACACACAAAAAAAGAAACAAAUACCAAUACGUAGAAGAACCAGAUUAAAUGUGUUCUAAUCAUGAUUGAUGCGGAAUCAAUCAUGCUGAUAAAUGAUGAUGACGUUUUUUUUGCCAUACCAUACCAUACCAUACCCUUCCCCCGCCCCCCUCAAUGUUAGAUGGAAAUAUUUGUGAAUUUUUCGGUUGUUUGUGACUCUCCAAUUCUGUCUCUGCGAUUUUCAUUCAGAGCAGAAGAGGAAUACAAACAAAAGUUAAAAAGAGAACAGAAAACAGAGAACAGAAUACAGAGAACGAAACAAAACGAAACGAAGAAAAUAAAAAGGAAUGAUAAAAACUAAAUGUGAAACGAAUUGCAAAUUUGUUGUAUUUUUUUAUAUGAAUAUAUAUAUAGUAUAUUGAUAUAUAUGUAUAUGUAUAUGUAUAUGUGUAUCUGUACGAGUAUAACCCGCAUACAUGCCCAUUAAAUAUGUAUGCCAUUUAGAAUGCUAUAUGUUAUAGAUCAUAAGGCUAUAUGUUGUAGAUCUUUAAGCGCUAACAGCAAAAGCAACAAUCACAACAACAACAAACAACAAUUUUUUGUAGUAGUUUUUUAAAAGAAUCAACAAAAAAUGGAAAACAACUAUGUAUGUAUUUGUAUUUGUGUCUAAACCCGAAUGUUCGUAAAUAACACAAAAGCAAAAAGGAACGAAACAAUAAUAAAAUGAAUGAAAAACAAGACAAAAUCGUCUCAGUGAAUCGUCGAAUCAUUCUACUAUAUAAACAUCAAGAAAUUCUGAAAAUACGCUUUCAAAUAACAUAGUUCGAAUACGGAAUAGGAGCUCCACUCCACUUCGUUUUUGGUCUUCGUUCAACACUCUGGAAGGUAUCUGGUGUGGUACGAGUACUGCUUUUUGCUGUAUUCUCGGCAUUGGGUGUCGUCUUUCAAUGAACCAACCCUCCUCCCAUCUCGGCAGUCAUCGUCGUCGUCCGUCGUCCGUCAUCCAUCGAUGCAUUCUGCUGAGCUUGCCGAAAUGUCCAAAAAAUCACGCGCUGUCCAGUGGAACUGUAUGGAAUGACCA